AUGUCAAAUUCAUUUACUGAUAUUCUAUCAAAAAGUAGUGAUUUAUUACUUCAGUUUGAUCCGCCUUCUGAUGCAUGGUUGUUUUUACUUGCAUUGCCACUUGUUGGUCAUACAAAUAAAAAUAAACGUCAAGAUGGAAAUUUUAAAAUUACUUUUGCAUCGUUCACAUUGAAAAACUGGUCUUUCAAUAAUAACAGUGUAAAGAACACUUUCACCUCGUUCAAAAGUCAAUAUUCAAUGGAAAUGGUACAAUCACUCGGUUACGUCUUUACCGAUAAAUACAUGAAUUCAUCUGAUGUUCAAGAAUCAUUUAAAACGAUCGAAAGACGUUCCACGCAUGAAUUUUACGAGUUUUGUUGUUUAAUUCAAACACAUUUGAAAGAAAACCAUUGUCUCUAUUUCAAAGACUUAGCCAUAAUGAAUAAUGGAAACAAAAAUGGGUCCAUCAGUACGUCGAUUCGUAUGACUUCUGGGGAUAAUCAACUUUUUCUUAUUCGUUGUGCUGUCCUCACUCCAAUGCGUCUGACAUUUAAGUCGUUGAAUCCAGAAAUUGGCAACCGAGCAGUGCGACUACGAGGUUCUGAUAAUUUCAUACGAGUCUAUAUUCGAGAUGAAAAUGAUGAAAUAUUCGAUACAUUAGAUGUCAAUAUUCGAUCGCGAUUCAAAUCGAAACUGUUCACGAACGGUAUUACGUGUAUGAAUAGAGUCUACUACUGUCUUGCCUCAUCAACAAGCCAAAUGAAAGAUUUUUCGUACUGGUUCAUAGCACUGAACGACGGAGAAACAACUGAUCAAGUACUAAUGCAAUAUGGUGAUUUUUCUGGAAUUAAAAAUUUGGCCACAUAUGUCGCUAGAACUGAAAACGGUUAUUGUUUUACUGAUGGAUGUGGUCUGAUAUCGUUGGGAUUGGCUCAAGAAGUUGCAGAAAAAAUUGGUUUACCAGUAAAACAACCCCGCGAUAUACCAUCAGUAUUUCAAAUACGAAUGGCGGGAUGUAAAGGAGUGUUGGUUAUUGAUCCCGAAUCAAGAGACACCGAUUACUAUAUCAAAAUUCGCGAUAGUAUGGUGAAAUUCCUGAGUAACGACUGGACAUUGGAUAUAUGCGAUUAUUCUAGGCCAGUGCCUUUAGCCUUAAACAAUCAAGUAAUACGUCUGUUCAGUGAUCUCGGAAAUGGAUUUGAUGUAUUUGAAUCACUACAUAUCGGUUUUUUUUUCUUGGAUUUGUGUAGCAAAGAAAAUCUGUUGCGAAAUAAAAUUCCUCUUCCAGUCAAUGAGGCACGUAAUCUUUUUGGUGUUGCUGAUCCCACUGGUCUAUUAAAACCUGGUCAGUGCUUUAUACAGUACACAGUGAUAUCAAAAGCAAAGAAAAAAACUUAUAAAGUUGUUAAAGGAACGGUAUUGGUGACAAAAAACCCAUGUUUAUAUCCGGGCGAUAUUCGAAAACUUGAGGCAGUUGAUGUGCUGAUAUUGAGACAUUGCAGUCGUGACUGUAUCGUCUUUCCCGUUACGGGCUCUCGUCCUCACAGUGAUGAAAUAAGUGGUUCUGAUCUCGACGGCGAUCAGUAUUGGGUCUAUUGGGGAAAUGAUUUAAAGAUCAAUCACCCCAUUGAACCAUUGUCUCAUUCGUCAGCAGAAAAACUAACCGUUCCAAAUAUCACAAAUGAGAUGGUGAUUGACUACUACUUAGACAUGUUUCAAUCGAAAUGGUACUCGCUUAUAGCCGAUGUGCACAUGGUUCUCAGUGAUAAAAUGGAACAAGGCACUCAAUCAAAAGAAUGUGUCGAAUUGGCAACGUUGUUUUAUCGAGCGAUUGAUUCGCCGAAAACAGGUGAAAUUAUCAAUAUGGAUAAGGUUUUUAGAUGGAGAGAUGAAUAUUGCACUAGUUAUCCAAAGUUUAUGAUGAAAUUUGAUCGACCUUAUUACCCGUCAACAUCGAUUCCUGAAAAAUUGUAUUUAAAUGCCAAGUCAAUUGAACUCGGAAGAAAAGAGAAUUAUGAACGAUACCAGACAACAGGUACGCAUCAGAACAGAGUAUCAACGUCGAAUAUGAAUAAUGUCGUAUUAGAACAUGUACAGCCCUCGUCUCUACUUCAACAUUUACUCUAA